CAAAAUGUAAACAUAACCUCAUUCAAAUUAUUCACGUGCGUAUAUGUUAAUGUGUUCAGGUUGAAGUUGCAAGAAACAAAAUAUUCUAAAGAGUACUUAGGAAACUUUGUAAUAUUGAAAAUGGUGAAAAAGAAAAUAGAUAAUCGUAUUCGAGUGAUGAUUGAAAAUGGUGUAAGGCUUGGCCAUCGUACAAUGUUUAUAAUUGUAGGGGACAAAGCUCGAGAUCAAGUUCCCAUUCUUUAUGAUAUGCUAACUAAAUCAUCAGUACGAGCCAGACCAUCGGUUUUAUGGUGUUAUAAAACCAAAGAUGAAACCAUUUCAAACCAUGGAAAGAAGCGUGCAAAGAAAAUACAGGCCGGUAAAAUAGAUGUGAAUGAAGCUGAUUUAUUUGAUACAUUUCGUGUUUCGACCACAAUUCACGGUCGUUAUUAUUCAGAAACGCACACAAUAUUGGGUCGUACAUAUGGCGUUUGUGUUUUGCAAGAUUUUGAAGCAUUGACACCAAAUUUAUUGGCCCGUACGGUCGAAACAGUUGAAGGUGGUGGUUUGAUAAUUCUUUUACUAAAAUCAAUACAAUCAUUGAAACAGCUAUAUACGAUGGCGAUGGAUGUUCAUAAAAGAUAUCGUACCGAUGCGCACCAAAAUAUUACAGCUCGUUUUAAUGAACGUUUAAUUCUCUCGUUGGCUGAUUGUGAUCGAUGCUUACUAGUUAAUGACGACUUGACCGUUUUGCCAUUGAGUUCAAAGACUGCAAAUGUACAACCGAUAGAUAUUGGUAAUUUAUGUGGUUCAAAUGAAAAAGAACUUUUAGCAGCAGAGUUAAAAGAUAAUUUGCGUGAUACCCCACCAGCUGGGCCUCUUGUGAGUCUAUGCAAAACAUAUGAUCAAGCCAAGGCAGUAGCCCAAUUUAUCGAUGCAUUGGCAGAGAGACAAGUCAAGCCACCUACAUCUUUAACAGCCGGUCGAGGACGCGGGAAAUCGGCUGCAAUGGGACUUUCGAUCAGUGCCGCAGUAGCAUUUGGCUAUGUUAACAUUUACGUUACAUCUCCACAUCCUGAGAAUUUAAUCACCCUUUUUGAAUUUGUUCUAAAAGGAUUCGAUGCACUGGAAUAUCAAGAGUAUGUAGCAGGGUAUACUUACUUUAAAAAGUACUAUUCCGUUAUUGAAGAAUGCUAUCCAUUCUUUCGAUUAUUUUUCCAUUAUACCCAUUACAUCCAUUUCAAAAAAUCACAAUAUCAAUAUCCAUUUAGUAUGUAAGAAAGUAGUAAGGGUUUGAUCAUACACAUAUACACACAUAAAUUAAAAACAAUUUGCAAAUGAAUUGAACGAAGCUGCGUUAGAAAACACUUUGCUGACAAAAAUUGAGAUUUGGUAGUAGCAGUGGAGAGAACAACACACAAGGAAUCAAUAUUGUACACACAGUAGCAUCGGAACAACGUCACAACAACGACAACAUCGCGACGCAAACGGAUAAACGAAAACUGUAUCAACACCAACAAGAAAUCACAUUCGG